AUGUAUCUCCACGACUACGGUAUUCAUAUCUCGCCACCAGUACUCUCUUCGGACACAACUUUGAUCAGAAUUGAUUCACAAACAAGUGGUUAUGGUUAUUCAUUGGUGGUUAUGGCCAGCGCUCGCCGCGAUAAUAUGAAACGAGGCCGAGGCCGAUAUCUGUUGCUCAACGCGAUCGCGAAUCAAUUGCGUUACCCGAAUGCACAUACUCACUUCAGCUGCGUGUUUCUGUUUUUGUUCUUGAACUCGGAUCACGUCGCGAUUCAGCAAAUCACACGCAUACUCUUCGAACGAUUGGCAUUGCGUCCACAUCCGUGGGGUUUACUCAUCGCGUUCAUUGAAUUCAAAAAUCCCGUUUACAACUUCUGGAAGUACAAGUUCACCCGGUGCGCUCCUGAAAUUGAGCGCGAGCACGUGCGUUACGGCAUGAUCAGCGGAUUCAGAAGCGAGCAAGGCGUAAAGGCCUAG